CGAAGAACUGAGACGCAGCUCCUGCGACGCUCCACCAAAGACCUUUUGAGAGUUGUAAACUUUGAAAAUGUCUGCAAACCAACAAUUAAGCUACCAUGGAGAUGACGACAGUGAUGGAGAAUCUGAUGUACUUCAUACCACACGGCUGCAUGAAGGACAACCCGAUGUAGAUUUCACUUUGUCAAGUGAAAUUAAUAAGAAAUUAUUAAAAAAGAAAACAUGGAUAAAAAAUGAUACUACAAAAAAGCCAAGUGUGCAACUCGCAUCAGCUAAUGUUUCAGUAAGCAAUGUCAUAAAUAUGAUUGACACAGCUGACAGACCAGCAGAUGCCAAUGCAGAGGGCACCUAUGCUCGAAGUGGAACAUAUGCUGUAAGUCCUGAAAAUGAACCAGGAAAGAGGAUUCCCAGGGCUGGAGCCUUCGCAGAAGCAGGAGUUGGACGAGCUCGUGCUGAAUACAGUGUAUUUGAGGCAGAAGCCAAAGGCCCAAAUGCCUCAGCUGGUGCUGAAGCCAGUGUGGCUGGAGCUGGAGCAAUGGCUCGAGCUGAAAUUGCCAGUGCAUCAGCUCAAGCCGGUCCACUUGGUGUGAAAGUGGGACUUGGAGUUGACACGGGUGCAUCUGUUGGUGUGGAUGGGUUGGAGGUCAAAUUCCUGGGAACCGGAUUCUCAGUUGGACCAAAAACCAGUAUAUCUCUUCUGGGUUCAGAAGUGUCAUGUUCAGUCAUGUAAUCGGACAGGUUUGUUUAAUUAGAUUACGCCAGCAGCAGUUUGGAUCCAACAAUUGCGAAGAUAUCAGGGCGACACCAAAAAUUGCAAAGACUUCAGCUGAUG